AUGCCACUGACAGAUGUACUCAACGCAAUGACGCGUAGAAAGGUCUUCUCUGACGAGGAGAAGACCGAGACCAAGCUCAAGAGAACGCUGGGACUCCUUGAUCUCACCUCGAUCGGAGUCGGCUCGACCCUCGGAGCUGGGGUCUACGUCCUUUCUGGACAAGUCGGCCGAGAAGCCUCUGGCCCGGCCGUUAUCCUCUCCUUUAUAAUCGCAGCCUUCUCUUCCAUCCUCUCUGGAAUGUGCUACGCCGAGUUCGGCGCGCGAGUCCCAAAGGCAGGUUCCGGCUAUAUCUAUAGCUACGUGACAAUGGGCGAGUUCUGCGCGUUGACCAUCGGAUGGAAUCUCGUGCUCUCGUACGUUGUUGGGACAGCGUCUGUGGCAAAAGCGUGGAGUACGAAUUUGGACGCGCUGAUAGGAUGCCAAAUUCGCUCCUUCACUGUGCAGUACAUGCCCCACUUCAGCAGUUCCUUCACCGAAUCUUAUCCUGACAUAUUCGCUGCUGUGAUCAUCAUCCUCCUCUGCUGUCUCCUCGCUUAUGGAGUCGAAGAAGUCGCCUUUAUCAACAAGCUUUUCACAAUGGUCAACAUCGUCGUGAUCGUGUUCGUCACUUUCGCCGGAUUAUUCGUCGGUGGUGAUAGACCCUUUUUCGAAAACUGGACGCUCAACCAGACCGAAGUUAACUACUUGGUGGAACAUCAGUUUUCCGACAAUAUCUCGACGUCCACUGUUUCUUGCCGCGACAUCAACCACACCAACCAUGUAUUCUGGGAGGAUGGGACUUUUAAUCCGCAAUCGACAGCCCGUGAUCCAGAAGAAGGCGAAUGGCCCGGAAGUGGUGGUUUCCUUCCAUACGGCUUUUCAGGCGUCAUCGCUGGCACUGCCACCUGUUUCUACGCUUUCGUUGGCUUCGAUGCCAUCGCUACCACUGGCGAAGAAGCUAUCAACCCUCAGCGAGAUAUUCCCUAUUCCAUUGUUCUUUCCUUGAUUGUAUGCUGCGUUGCGUACCUUGGUGUCUCCGCUAGCUUGACUUUGAUGGUGCCUUAUUUCUUCUUGGACAAAGAAGCGCCAUUGCCCGCUGCCUUUGCUCAAAUGUUGACACACAGAAUGCGUUGUGACCCUGUGAACCAGUAUUUGACUGGUAUCGGUGCCACCUGUGCGCUGACUACGUCUCUGCUCGGCGCAAUGUUUCCCAUGCCGCGCGUCAUUUACGCCAUGGCCGAAGACGGAAUUCUAUUCCGAAAACUCGCCGAAGUUUCUGAAAAAACCAAAACGCCCAUUAUCGCUACUGCUGUUUCUGGUGCCCUCGCCGCUGUACUUGCGCUCGUCUUCGAUCUCGAAGAACUGGUUGAUUUCAUGUCGAUUGGAACCCUUAUGGCUUACACUCUUGUCGCUACGUCGGUCAUGGUACUUCGCUACAGAUUGGACACAUCCGCUGAUCCAGUAAUUGAUACUUCUGCGGAGACUUUUGCCAUCAAGGAUUUUUUCUCGCCUCGAUAUGGCACUCCCACCGAAUUGUCCGCACAGGCUGUGUCGUACUCCACCUCUUUUAUUGCUAUCUUUUCGAUCCUCUUCUCAGUGUGCUCAAAGUUCGAGUGGACGAAGGGAAUGCUCGUUUUCGGCGUUUUAAUUAUCGUAUUCAGCAUUUUUAUCUGGCGCCAACCGGAGUCGGAGGCCGUUCUCAACUUCAAGGUACCUCUCAUCCCAUUCAUCCCUGUUGUAAACAUCCUUGUCAAUGUCUAUCUGAUGGUGUUCUUGCGAUGGACGAUCUGGGUCAAGCUCACCUUCUGGCUUGCAGCCGGAUACGCGAUAUACUUCGGGUACGGAUGGAAACACUCUUCUGAGAAUCCAGACUACAAGAAGCAUGGAAUUUCCAAUGGAAAAUCUCAAGAGCAAAUGGCUCUGGUCAAUGGAAACGGCGUGGCGAAAGAAAAUCGAACGGAAGCGGUCUUGGUCUCCUCUGAAUCGGAAAAACACUAA